GAAAAUCAAGCAAGUCUGCCGCCCUACCUUCGCUUCAGACCUGCAGUUUUUUUCUUGUGCAAUGGACGGCCGCCUAGACGCUGACUUGUACCCCCUGGGAGCCGGCUACGUCCCUGAACUCGAAAGUGUCCAUGACAUAUCAGUUGGCACAAAGAGGGGAUCCGACGAACUCUUUUCUUCCUGCAUACCCACUGGGCCCUAUAUCAUGAACUCAGCCAAUGGCAACGACAGCAAAAAAUUCAAGGGUGACGUGCGCAGUCCUGGUGUUCCGUCACGAGUGGUCCAUGUACGCAAGCUGCCCAACGACAUAAAUGAAGCAGAAGUUAUUGGGCUGGGACUGCCCUUUGGGAAGGUCACCAACCUGCUGAUGCUGAAAGGGAAAAACCAGGCAUUCUUGGAAAUGAACAGCGAGGAGUGUGCACAGACGAUGGUGAGCUACUACUCCUCUGUCACCCCCGUCAUCAGAAACCACCCCAUUUACAUGCAAUACUCGACCCACAAGGAGCUCAAGACGGACAACUCCCCCAACCAAGUGCGUGCCCAGGCAGCUCUGCAGGCGGUCAAUGCGCUGCAUGGAGGCGGUAUGGGGGGCGGUAUGGCAGGCAUGGCAGGCAUGGCAGGCAUGGGAGGCAUGGGAGGCAUGGCCAUCCCUGCAGAUCCUGCUGCCAUGGGAGGAGCAGGCUCCCAAAGCCCUGUGCUCAGAGUCAUCAUAGAAAACCUUUUCUACCCCGUCACCCUAGAUGUUCUGCACCAGAUUUUCUCUAAGUUCGGCACUGUGCUGAAGAUCAUCACUUUCACAAAGAACAACCAGUUCCAGGCUCUGAUCCAGUAUGCCGAUGGGUUGACAGCUCAGCACUCCAAACUGUCUCUGGAUGGACAGAACAUCUAUAACGCCUGCUGUACCCUGAGAAUCAGCUUCUCCAAGCUCACCAGCCUGAACGUCAAGUACAACAACGACAAGAGCAGAGAUUACACCCGACCGGACCUCCCCACUGCUGACUCGCAGCCCUCACUCGACCACCAGACCAUGCAGGCAGCCGCUGCAUUUGCUGCUCCAGGUUUGAUCUCAGCCUCUCCUUAUGGUGGCGCUCAUGGCUUCCCCCCAGCCUUUGCCCUCCAGCAAUCAGGUCUGUCAAUGCCUGGUAUGCCCGGCCUGGCCUCUCUGGGUAUGGGCCAUGGUGGCAUGGCGGCUGCUGCAGCAGCUGCUAACAGGCUGGGUCUGUCAGGGCUCACUGCCUCUGGGGGACACAAUGUCUUGCUGGUCAGCAAUCUCAACCCUGAGAGCGUUACGCCACACUGCCUCUUUAUUCUUUUCGGUGUAUACGGCGAUGUGAUGCGAGUGAAGAUCCUGUUUAAUAAAAAGGAGAAUGCUCUGAUCCAGAUGUCUGAUUGCACACAAGCUCAGCUAGCUAUGAGCCACCUGAAUGGCCAGCGUCUCCACGGCAGGGCCAUGCGUGUGACUUCAUCCAAACACACCACCGUGCAGCUGCCCAGAGAGGGCCACGAGGACCAGGGCCUGACCAAGGACUACAGCAACUCACCGCUGCACCGCUUCAAGAAGCCCGGCUCCAAAAAUUACUCCAACAUCUUCCCACCCUCGGCAACACUCCACCUCUCCAACAUACCACCUGCCGUGGUGGAGGAGGACCUCAAGAGGCUUUUCGCCAGCUCAGGAUCCACAGUCAAGGCCUUCAAGUUCUUUCAAAAGGACCGCAAGAUGGCCCUGAUCCAGAUGGGCUCAGUGGAGGAGGCAAUCGAGUCCCUCAUCGAGUUCCACAACCACGACCUGGGAGAGAACCACCACCUCCGAGUGUCCUUCUCAAAGUCCACCAUCUGAGUGCCUUUCCUUCCUCCCUCCCUCCAAGUCUAUUGUCACCUGAAUACUAAUACUGAUACUUAAUCAAGGUUGUGUUCGGUGGAAAUAGGCAUCAUUACAUAUGAAUGGCUGUGGUUCAUUGCAGAAUGUCGCUCCCUUCAUCCUUCUUAAUCAUUCCCAGUUGUUUAACGGUUUGGGUAUCACGUUUGAUUCAAUCUGCGUAUUGAUUCCGAUUCAUGGUUCCAAUUUUCACCAAAAUAUGUGGAAAACAAACAGCAUUGUUACUUAUUUUGGUUAAAAGUGUCAUAAAAUACAAUAUGUAUUUUUAAUUCGAACUGGACAAAUCGCUCACGUUGCUUUCACUUGUUUUUAUUUGUGCUAACAUUGGCUAAUUCUCUACAUGGUUAAACUACUCUCAGGCCUUGGUGCACAUGUAACAUGCAAUGUAAGACAAUUGGCCCGCAUUUAGCACAUUAAUCAGGAACUAGAAUCAAAGGAGUUUCUGGUUCCAGGUCAGGUUCCUGAUACCCAAACCAAAUCAUUAUUUGUUCCACGAUAUGGUUUUAAGUUGGGCCCUUUGAGAGGGGCCACAUUCUGCAGUGAACCGAGGUCUCGUAUUGGAGGUAAAGUAGGGGCAGCUGAUGAACUGUCACUUUAGACCAAAUCAUUUAAAAAGACACCCUCCACCACAGAUGCUCAUGUGGACGAAUCCUGUCCACACCAGACACACUUCAGCAUUCCUUUUACUACGAUAGUCGUAUGGAUAUAUCUUUGUGUGCCUUUUUUGAAAUGCCACUUUGAACCUGUUGGCCAGUCAGAAACGGUUUGAUACAAAGGAUUUUGUUUUGGCUCACAGGCCAUUUUAUUUCCCAGUAUCCAUUUUGAUUUUAGAUAUCUUGUUACUAUCCGCCUUUUUCUUUGGGGGAUCAAUACCACUAUCUGAAGUCAUUCAAUAAGCAUGUCUUUUUCUUUCAAUAUCUAUAUCUACAGUCUUGUGCCUUACUUUGCCCCAACCAGGUUGCCUUAAGCAUUGCUCUGGAUUUAUUUGGGAAAGACGUGGCUCUUUUUUCUUUCAUGCCUUCUGGUAUGUACCAGCAUUGAUAACAAAAGGAGGGAAAGUGGCUCAUUCAAUCUUAAGAACACAGAUGUUUAUCUAUGGAUUUGUAUGCAUAUAUCCCCAUUAUAUGUGUGUAGAAAUAUGAAUGUAAGUCCGUUAGAUGCCUAAUAUCCUUGCUAGGUGAUGUAGCUCUGUUAGGUGUAUUGUGGCAGGAGUUAGAGCUGUGUCCAGCCUUCCUGUCUUACAGUCCCCACUCACCUCCAUGUAUUCCCUCCUCAGUCGGGUGUUUGGGGCGUCAUUUAACCAUAUUAUGUUCAUGUAUAUGUGGACAUCUAUAUAUAUAUUCAUUUAUCUUUUCUUUUAAUGUUAGCAUUUACAUGUGUAUCACUUCUAAGCUUAACUGAUACCUAUAUGUAGUGGCUGGGUUUGAUCAUUAUCACAGUGCCUUGAGUUUUUUUAAUCUGAGGCUGAAACACUCUGGCCCGGUCAGUUGACUUUGUUUACCGCUCGUUCAGGUGUAUCUAAUCGCUCUGCAAAGAUGCCUUUAUCCCAUUCUAUUCAGGUGAUCCUACCUGUAAGAGGGCAGCUUCAUUUGUCAACUGGGGUCCAAAAACCCUAAACCCAGUAUAUAUCUUUUUUUUUCUAAAAUUCAGGAUAACAGCAUUACAGGUCGGGGUAGCCCUGAGCGGUCCUCUCUGUCCCCCUACGCCACAGUCAGGUUCCUUAGUGCACUUUUCCUCAACGAUAGGUCCAAAUUGGCACCAUCACGCUGAAGUCUUAAACGUCGUCACAUUCCUGCGUGCCUCGUGCACCGGUUUCCACAGCCUGGACCACUAGUUUUGGACCAGAUACAGAUGCGCUCUGUCUCUAUUUUUGUAAAAGAUUAUUAUGCAUGGUUUAACGAAGCUUCAUGUAGCUCCAGGCGGUUAUUGCUGAUAAGGACCAAAGUAUCUUCUACCCCUGCUGUGUUGUAGUGUCGUGAUUUCUAAAGGUUGUUUUUUUUCUUUCUUUCACAUUUCCACAAGUUCACCAGGCUUCAGUUUCCCUUGUUUCCAUUUCUCAGAUGCCUUGGACAAAUGUCACAUGAAAUUGAGAUAUCUUUUGUUCAUCAGCCUAUACUGUAUGUGUAUACCUUUUUGUUGAUCGACUUUACAAAGAGCCUACUUUGGUAGAUUGCUUUAGAAUGGAUACUUUAAUGAACCACAGUCGUAGCUGUGAUGUUGAUGGUGUAGAAGAUUAUAUGCCUUUUUGAUUCUUUUGUUUAAAGCUUUUAUUUUUCUCUUUUUUAUAUGGGGGUGGGGUGGGGUUAUUGUAUGAUGCGGGAUUGAUGGUUGUAUAUACUCAUGUUUUUGUACCACAAAAUCAUUUGGAUUCUAUCCACUUUACGUUUCAAAACAUGUAUAUUUUGAUAAACAAUACAGACCUAUUAAGCUCUUUGGAGCUGUAAAAAAAAAAAACACACUUUUGUAACUCAAAGACAUUAAACCUAUCUGAACACAGAAGUGUCUCUGUAUGUGCCCCGCUCCCCACCUUACCAUUCUGUUCUUGUCUUUGCAUCUUCUGCUGCCUUCAAUAAAUCUUUAGUUUGUUCCUUCUUUCA